AUGGAAAAGUUGGGAGGGUCAAACUUUUGCAUUCUUCGGGAUGACAAGCAGUUCUUUGUUGACCAUCCUGGUGCUGUGCCCAUUACCACUGCUCAGGGAGAAGAGCUUAGGAAGCUGAUCAAUGCACCUGCUUAUAUUGAAUGCAGUUCUAAAUCACAGCAGAAUGUGAAAGCAGUCUUUGAUGCAGCCAUAAGAGUUGUCCUUCAACCACCAAAGCAAAAGAAAAAGAAGAGUAAAGCACAAAAGGCCUGUUCGAUAUUGUGA